UUAAUAGGGUCAAAAAAGGUCAAAAGAAAAGAAAUUGCACUUGAACCAAGAUGUUUGUAUAAUUAGAUAAUGUAAUAUAGAAAUAUAAAGAAAUAAUAUAAUUUAUAAUAACUGAUGACAGUUUAUAUAAUUCAUGAUAAAUCUGUUCGUUGUCACCGUAAUUUAGCAUUUAAAAUAAAAGUAACAAUAAUGAAGAUUAAAAAAAUUAAGGUUAUAGAGAUAUUUAUGCGUUGUAUUCACUGGCUUAUUUUUUUUCUAAAUGUGUUUUUUUUUUUCUUUAGCUUUUCAAAACAAAAAAACAAUGCAAUUGAGACGAGCUCUUUGUAUGAUUAGGUAAAAAUGAUUUAUAACUGAUGAUAAUCAAUGUUGUUUUAUGACUUUUUAUAGAGGGUACUGUAUAUUCACUGGUUUAUAGAACAUUUUUGUAAAUGUGAAGAUUUUCUAUAGGUUUUUAUACUUUAUUUAUUUAUUUAUUUUAAAUGUAGGCUUUAAAAUAUUUGUAUGCUUGAAACAAACAGCGUUAAAUGGUUUGAUUGAGUGUAAAACAUGAAACAACAUUAAACAAAUGUAGCCGCCUCUCUGUAAUAGAGUAUUUCAAUCAAAUCCAGGACAGGCCAAAGGCUGUUAACUGAGAAACUAGGUUAAGACUGGUUUAUACUAAUGUAAUAAUGUUUAUAGUGUUAUGAAUGAAAGUUAUCCUACUGUAUUAUUCAGGAGACAGUAGUUUUAUUAGGGAUGCACAAUAUACUGACAGAUUAUUAACAUAUAUUUCCAUUACAAAAUGGUGUGGUUCCAGGAUCAAGUCCUGAUGCCCAUGAUGGCACUUUGAGGGACAUGCUGAUCUCUGACUUGGAUUUGACUAUGACAUACACAGAGGUGUGUGAGGAGGUGAGAACGAUGUGUGGGGUCCGAAAGGAGAUGCCAAUUACACUCAAGUGGAUUGACGAUGAAGGUGACCCGUGUACCAUCUCAUCCCAGAUGGAGCUGGAGGAAGCAUUUCGGAUCUACAACCGGAACGGAUGCUCUGGACUCCUAUUGCAUGUGUUCCCAAGCAUUCCUGAAAAGCCUGGUAUGCCGUGCCCAGGAGAGGACAAAUCAAUCUACCGCCGUGGAGCUAGACGAUGGAGGAAGCUGUACCGGGUGAACGGGCACCUCUUCCAGGCCAAGCGCUUUAACAGGAAAGCGUACUGUGGCCACUGCAGCGAGAGGAUAUGGGGACUGGGGCGUCAGGGCUACAAGUGUAUCAACUGCAAGCUACUGGUCCAUAAACGCUGUCACAAGCUCGUCCCACUGACCUGUCAAAGGCAUAUGGAUCCAGUCAUGCCAUCGCAGGAGCCGUUGGUAGACGAUGAUAAAAGUGGAGAGGAAGUGGAGCUCCCCCCUGAGGACCCUGAGGAAACAGACGCAAUUCCAGUCCCUUUUUUAGCACACAACCGGAAAGUAGAGAAAGCUGAAGAUGACGCAGAGGACCUGAAGGCAGUGGUGGAUGGUAUCGAGGGGAUUCAGAUCUCUCAGGGUCUCGGCCUGGGGGACUUUGACCUGAUCCGGGUGAUUGGGAGGGGCAGUUACGCCAAGGUGCUGCUGGUCCGACUCAAGAAGAACGAACAGAUUUACGCCAUGAAGGUGGUGAAGAAAGAGCUGGUCCAUGAUGAUGAGGAUAUUGACUGGGUCCAGACAGAAAAACACGUGUUUGAACAAGCAUCAACCAAUCCAUUCUUGGUGGGACUUCACUCUUGCUUCCAGACAGAGAGCCGGCUGUUUCUAGUGAUCGAGUAUGUGAAUGGAGGAGAUCUCAUGUUCCAUAUGCAGAGGCAGCGGAAGCUUCCGGAAGAACAUGCCAGAUUUUAUGCUGCUGAAAUUUGCAUCGCUCUUAAUUUUCUGCAUGAGAAGGGAAUUAUUUACCGGGAUUUAAAACUGGACAAUGUACUAUUGGACCAGGAUGGCCAUAUCAAAAUUACAGACUAUGGCAUGUGCAAGGAGGGAAUCAGACCAGGUGACACCACCAGCACAUUCUGUGGGACACCCAACUACAUCGCCCCAGAGAUCCUGAGGGGAGAGGAUUACGGCUUCAGUGUAGACUGGUGGGCCCUGGGCGUGCUUAUGUUUGAAAUGAUGGCAGGCCGAUCUCCUUUCGACAUCAUCACUGACAAUCCUGAUAUGAACACAGAGGAAUAUCUCUUCCAGGUAAUUUUGGAGAAGCCGAUACGGAUUCCCAGGUCACUGUCUGUUAAGGCUGCGAGUGUUUUGAAAGGCUUUCUGAAUAAGGACCCCAAAGAGAGGCUGGGAUGCCAAGUUCAGACCGGAUUCACAGACAUCAAGUCUCAUACGUUCUUCAGAAGCAUAGACUGGGACCAGCUGGAACAGAAGCAGGUGACGCCACCGUUCAAACCUCAGAUCACAGACGACUACGGUUUAGACAACUUUGACACGCAGUUCACCAACGAACCCGUGCAGCUAACACCAGACGAUGAGGAUGUGAUAAAGAGAAUAGACCAGUCUGAGUUUGAGGGAUUCGAGUACAUUAAUCCUCUGCUGCUCUCCACUGAAGAAACCGUAUGAGGGAAGAACAAUACGGCUGAUGUUUCUCUGCCUGCGGCUCCACAAGACUACUACAGCUGAGUUUAGCUCAGACUGUGUUCACAGAUUUGAUCUUCUCCUUAAAACUGUGUUCAAGACAAAAAGCAACACUAAGACUUCACGUUUCAGGCCCUCCUUAAGUUAUUUUGGGGUUACACUGGAAGAAGAAAUAACUGGGGAAACGAUUCUCUUAAAUUUCAACUGUUGAUUGUCUUCCUGCUUCCCAGCAUCCUCUUUAAUUUUCACGCCCAUGCGUCCGUGUGCACUGUUAACUUGGACUCAAGUUAGUUCCUUCAAUGUGUGCCUGCAUCCAUCAGAGACUACAUUUCCCACCAACCCUUGCUAAAUAUGACAGUUCUAACUUAAUGUGCACUUUUAUUUUGUUUUGAGUUUUAUUUUUAUUUUUUGAUUCUCUUAAAUCUUGUAUGAGGCUUGUCCUCAAGCGAAACAAGAAUGUAUAAUUUUUAAAGGUAAAAAAGAAAAAGAAAAAAAAGGUUGUAUUAUAGUGUAGGUAGCCAAACAAAGAAUUUAUGAUGCCUUCUAUGAUGCAAUGUGGCACAUUUUAAUUCAUGAUCAUGAUGGUUUCAUCCACAGUGGGUAGCUGUGCUUCAAGCCACAGGCUUUUAACCACCCAUGUUGGUUUUAAAUGGGAGAUAAAAUGUGUUUUUUGAAGAAGUGCCUCAAAGAUCCGAAAUUCACCAUGCUCCAAACUGCUCUGAACUCCACAUUAGAUUGGAGUUGAUUCCCAAUGCACCAUCCACUGAGAAAGUGGGCUACAGGUGUUAUUAUAUAUAUAUAACACAGACACACUAAUACAAAUGUUGAAAACAAAACAUGAAGAUUGGACACUGAAUGAUCACAAAGCCCAAAUACAUUUGAAAAGCAGUAAUAUUACCAAACUCGGCUCAUUGGGAAAAAAAUAUUCAAAAAUGUAUCUACAUUUUACUGCAGUUUCCAGCUGAAAUGAACACUACUGGCACUAAGAUCUUUUAUUUCUUUUUACACAAAUUAUUAGGGGGCCGAUUAUUGAUUAAUAAAUGCUUAUUUUUGCACAGUUCCUUAUGACCUCAAAACCCUUUGAUAGAGCAUGAUUUGUAAUACAUUUUGAUAUUUGCAUCACAUCACCGACAUGUAUUUUUUCCCUUAUAGUAAACUUGCUCUGUAGCUCACCCGGUACAGCACUCCACUUGCGAUUGGAAGCACUCGGGUUUGAGUCCCGCAAAACCAAAGUUAGGAUAAAAGACCUCAAAGACUUGUAGAAGCAAGCUAAAAUCGUUCAUGUUUGCGUUUGUUAACACUUCAAUUAAGAUUAACAUCGGUAUAUUGUUUUCAAAAGCGAUAGAGCAUUAACAUCACUGGAAAUUUCAUUUCUGAACUGCCGCAGCAUGCACACAGCAAUCAUCAACAUGAUAAAACAUUGCCAGAUUCAUGUCCAUCCGUCUCCGAUAAAACAGAAUGUGGCUUAAAUGCCACUUACUGGACAUUUCAAAUUUAAAGUGAAACAAUAAAACAUUCAAAAAACAAUGAAAUUUUGCAUAAAUAUCGCCACAGGCGUGUUUAUUUCCCAUUGAGCCUGGGUUUAAUAUUACAGUUGAGUUCAUUACAGCCAUACUAUAUUACUCAAACGGCUGCUUCUCAUGCUGAUAAGAGUUUUUUUUUUCUUGUUGUACUCAUGUGAUCUGUCAAUAACGUGCUGUUGAGAUGUUGUGAGAGAACGUGAGAGAACACAAACAAGGGGUUUGUACAUCAUGUCGCUGGUGUUAUUUGGUGGUAAAAUUGUGCAACAGUGUUGUGACUGAAUCUCAGAUGACCUAAACACAUGGUAGAACUGUCUUUGCAGUACUCAAACCAAAUACUCAAAUUCAACCCAUUUUACCCACCUAUUUUAUCAUUCAGUGACAGGCUGUGUUCGGAAUGGAGUUUUAACAUACUAUAGUAGUAGUAUAUACUGUAUUCUAUCUACUAUUUUAUUAAUAGGAGGAGAAAUGAUAAUCAAUAUUCCACAAGAAACACUUUUCAGACAUUAAUAAGCUGCACUGUCACGUUAACUUGUGAUGUUGCAUACAAGCAACUGAUAAUAAUGACUAUUUUGCAUUUUAAAAUCAAUCAGUCAGGCAAGAUAAUGAGCCAAAAAAAAAAAAAGAUGGAAAUGAAAGGUCAGAUUGUGUGUAAUGCAUUAUGGGAUAUGUUAUUCUGCACUGUGUGUGUCUUGGCAAAUGUAGUAAGUCAUCUGGGUAUCCCAUGCAUACUGUGCACAGAAUACAUUCUCCAGAGAUCGUGAGAGAAGCUUGUUAGUAUUCUAUUACAAACAUAGCCGUACACUCCUACACACUUUAAAACACAACUAGACGAUUAUGUCCAUUUAGAUUCCAGGCCACACAAAAAAGCUCUUAAAAAUGAAUUUCAAUUGCCAUUAAAGAAUAAAAACAGCCAAUCACAGGCUAGCUUGACUGAUUAAUCCCCCACAGUGAUAAGGUAUUGUGUUAUUGAGCAACUAGAUAUGUUGUUUAUCUUCCAUUGCAUUUAAUCUCCCAGGUUUUUUUUAUUUUUAUGAUUUUUGUUAUAACCCUCCCUUCCUGCAGCCUGAAGACGACACACUCGGGAACGCUUUGAUGAAAUCAGACCUGUAUGAAGAAUUGCUGCCAUGUUAACAGGAUUAAUUAGCUGCUUUUGUGUCAGACUGUAGUGAGAUUAGCAGACAGACUAAGAACAAAGAAUGGCCUGGGAGAUAACAAGCAUGACAAACUAAUGAUACCGAGGCAGAGAGUAAAGCCAGAUUUCCCCUCCAUGUUUUCAGCUCUCUAAUGAAAAGAUGGUGCAAAAAACAGGCACACAAUUUGUUUGAACACUACAAUUUAUGAAUGAUAUUGGAUUGUUUGUAAUGGGAAUUUUAUUUGAAUGCAACCUGCCAAUCAAGCGGCAUUCCAGUAUAGUUUGACAAGACCAUUGCUUGUGCAAAUUUUCAGGUUUUUAACAUAAAUAUGGUCCUACAUGAUAUUAUUUAGCUCUAAAUUUGCAUAAUUUUUUUUAUUACCGUAAACCAAUGAUUAUUUUUACAAAAACAGGUACUAUGGUAUAUUACAAGUGACAAAGUAAUAAACCAUCUUCACCCAACCAACAACUUAAUCUUCCACCAGCUUGACCUAAUGUACAGAAUCCACACAAAACGGUGUCAGAUUUAUUGUUGUCCUUUGUUUGGGUUUUAUUCAUGUUUAUAUUUUAACUGAAAUGAGUUUGGCAUAAUUGCAAUUAUAUAUGAUAUAAUUUAACCCUUAAAAUGUUCUCUCUCACACACAAAUACACACAAAAAAGAAAUAAAUCUGUUUCUGCAUCAUUAAAAGAGAUAUCUAAAUCCGGUGUCCCAACCUUAGAGGCCAAGACUGCAAUAAAAUACAAGUUCCUGUCCCUGAAAACAUUUUAAGCAAGACAUUUCCAUGAUUUAUCAACUUGCCAAAUACAAAUUCUGUCACAAGUUUUUUUUUUCUGCUUUUUUUUUUCUCCGGUUCUUUCCUUAAGCAAAUGAGGCUCUACAGGGGAAUACUUUUAUAUUUGAAGUGUUUGUUUUAUAAAUUUCUGUAAAUGAAAGCUCUAGCAGAGUUCCUGUCGACUGAGGGUGGGAGAGAGAGAUGUGAACAUGUCUUUGGUUUUACGAAGUUAAGUCUUAAGCAUCUUAGAUAACAGCUGUAAAUCAGUAAAUGUUCAUUGUAAUGAC